AUGUCUUCUGCAAUCCAGUUACUAAAUCCAAAGGCAGAAUCUAUUCGGAGAAAGCAAGCACUCGAAGUCAAUAUCAAUGCAGCUAUUGGCCUUCAAGAUGUUCUUGCAUCAAAUUUGGGUCCCAAGGGAACAUUGAAAAUGUUAGUCGAUGGAUCUGGCGGCAUCAAGAUCACAAAAGAUGGCAAAGUGUUACUUACUGAAAUGCAGAUUCAAUCCCCAACUGCAAUUAUGAUAGCAAGAGCUGCUACAGCACAAGACGAAAUAACAGGUGAUGGUACAACCACCGUAUGUUUGUUAGUGGGUGAAUUGUUGAGACAAGCUGAGAUUUUCCUUAAUGAAGGUAUACACCCAAGGGUUAUAGUUGACGGAUUUGAGAGUGCCAGAGGUGAAUCAUUAAGUUUCCUUAACAAUUUUGUGAUUGAUAAAAGAGAUGAUAUUGUGAACAGAGAAUUAUUAUUACAAGUUGCUAGAUCAAGUUUGAGCACAAAAGUUAAUAACGAAUUAAGUGAAGUUCUAACACCAAUUGUUGUUGAUGCAGUAUUAAAUGUCUUGGAUAGAUCUAACCCAAAAUUGAUGGAUUUACACAUGAUUGAAAUAAUGUCGAUGAUGCACGAAACUGCGACAAAAACAGAAUUUAUCAAGGGGUUGGUCUUGGACCACGGUGCAAGACACCCAGAUAUGCCAAGAAGAGUUAAAAAUGCCCAUAUUUUAAUCUUGAAUGUUUCAUUAGAAUAUGAGAAAACCGAAAUCAAUUCUGGCUUUUACUAUUCGAAUGCCGAGCAAAGAGAGAAAUUGAUCCAAAGUGAACGUAAGUUCAUUGACGAGAAGUUGAAGAAGAUCGUUGAUUUGAAGAACGAUGUUUGUGGCAAUGAUCCGAACUCAGGGUUUGUUAUAAUAAAUCAAAAAGGUAUUGAUCCAAUGUCACUUGAUGUUUUAGCAAAGAAUAACAUUCUUGCGUUAAGAAGAGCAAAGAGAAGAAACAUGGAAAGACUACAAUUGGUAUGUGGUGGUGAAGCUCAAAACUCUGUUGAUGACUUGAGUCCAGAUAUUCUUGGUUAUUCUGGUCUGGUAUUUGAAACAUCAAUUGGCGAAGAAAAAUUUACAUAUGUUACAGAAAACAAUAAUCCGAAAUCAUGUACCAUUCUAAUCAAAGGUGCGCACAAUUACAUUAUCCAACAAACUAAAGACGCAGUAAGAGACGGACUAAGGGCAGUUAGUAAUGCCAUUAAAGAUGGAUGUUUGGUGCCAGGUGCAGGUGCUUUCUAUUUGUCAUGUGCAAAACAUCUAGUGGAGAAUAAAGAAAUAAACAAGGGCAAGAAUAAGCCGGGUGUGAAGGCCUUCAGUGACGCCCUGUUGGUGAUUCCGAAAACACUAUGUAAGAAUGCAGGCUUAGAUACAUUAGAAGCAAUUGCAGAAGCUCAAGAUGAGAUUGAUGAAGGUCAGGUUGUGGGUAUUGAUUUGAAUUCUGGAGAGCCAUUAGACCCAACAAUCGAUGGUAUUUGGGAUUCCUUCAGAGUGCUAAGGAAUGCAAUUUCAAGUGCUACUGGUAUUGCAUCUAAUUUAUUAUUGUGUGACGAAUUGCUAAAGGCAGGCAAGUCUUCUUUAGAAAAGCAGCAAUGA